AUGGGAGGGUCAAAGCAUCACUCCCUUGUCCAGCUCGAAGUCCCGACCUUUCCUCCAUCGAACGAGUCUGAGACAUCACGAGGCGACGCCCCAGACAACGUGAACAAAAAAAAUGCUAUACCAGUGACACUGUGUGGGACCAACAAAGGAUAUUGGUACUGUCGUAACGGCAACGGAAAUCGGUACUGUCGCAACGGCAACGGAUAUCGGUACUGUCGCAAUCGAUAUCGGUACUGUCAUCACGACAACGGAUAUCGGUACUGUCGUAACGGCAACGGAUAUCGGUACUGUCGCAAAGGCAACGGAUAUCGGUACUGUCGUAACGGCAACGGAUAUCGGUACUGUCGCAACGACAACGGAUAUCGGCACUGUUGUAACGGCAACGGAUAUCGGUACUGUCGUAACGGCAACGGAUAUCGGUACUGUCGCAAAGACAACGGAUAUCGGCACUGUCGUCACAACGGAUAUGGGUACUAUCGUAACGGCAACGGAUAUCGGUACUGUCGUAACGGCAACGCAUAUCGGUACUGUCGUAACGGCAACGGAUAUCGGUACUGUCGUAACGACAACGGAUAUCGGUACUGUCGUAACGACAACGGAUAUCGGUACUGUAUCAACGACAACGGAUAUCGGUACUGUAUUGACGACAUAUUUUGCUAG